AUGAACAGCUCGACCGGGCCAGGCGGCAGCUCACUGUCGGGACGCCUCUUCGUGGGAGGCCUCGACAGCACCAUGACCCGCGAUGACCUGGAGCGCGAGUUCGGCAAGUACGGCCAGCUCAAGGAGGUGUGGAUGGCGCAGAACCCGCCGGGCUUCGCGUUCGUCGAGUUCGAACACAUGUCGAGCGUAGACGAAGCGGUGCGCGAGAUGAACGGCGCCAUCGUCAAUGGCGCGCUGCUUCGGGUCGAGCGGGCUCGAGACAAGUCGAGGCCGGCGCGCUGGGUCGCACCUAACGGCGGCGGGGUCGGACCCUUCCGACCGCGCUUGCGCCGAGGGGGCGGCGCAGGUGCCGCGGCGGGAUCGUACCAUCAGGCUGGCCUCGAACGCAAAAUGAUGCGUCGCGUCCCGGAGUCGACGGCCGCGCCCAGCCCUCAAGAAACGACGGCGCCGAUGCAGGCUGGGUACACGGACGGCGCCGCGCCCGGUGCCCCAGCGUACGGCUACGACUACGCGGCGACGGCAGCGAUGGCCGACCCGUAUGCCGCGCCACCAGCCUACGCACCGGGCUUGCCGGCAGUGGCGUCCUGGGAGUCACCCUACGGGACCACUUACUACGCCACGCCAGUGACGGGCUACGCGGCACCAGCACCCGGCUACGCAGCACCAGCACCGGGUUACGCAGCACCAGCACCGGGUUAUGCGGCCCCGGAACCGGGUUAUGCGGCCCCGGAACCGGGUUAUGAUGCCCCGGAACCGGGCUACGCGGCCCCAGAACCGGGCUACGCGGCCCCAGAACCGGGCUACGUGGCCCCAGAACCGGGCUACGUGGCCCCAGAACCGGGCUACGUGGCCCCGACACCUGGCUACGCGGCCCCGGCACCUGGCUACAUGGCUCCGGCACCUCGCUACAUGGCUCCGGCACCUGGCUACAUGGCUCCGGCACCUGGCUACGUGCCGUACUACGGCGAGUACUACGGCAUGCCGGCGAACAUGCCCAACUUGGCGGUGGCUCCAGUGCCAGUUGCAGACCCGGUGGCGGCACCCUACCAGCCACCUCCCGACUAUGGCCAGGCGUAG